CUUUGGUAUCAGAGACUUGGACAUCUUAAUGAGGAAGUAAUUAAAUAUCUUGAAGAAAUAACCCUAAAUAUUCACUUAUCAGAUUUAUCUAAAUCAGAUAAAUUUGACCUCUGUGAAAUCUGCCAUAUUGCAAAUGUAAAUAAACAAAUAUCAUGUAGACUAAUAUAA